GUCAUCGUCGCCUACCCCGACCGCUUGGCCACAUGCUGAUGUCGGCGCGCGACGUGGCCGACGCCCACGUGCUUCUAUCCAACUCGAAUGCAGUGGUUCACGUGGCAACGUCGCGGCCGAGAGGGCACACAUCGUCCAUGGUCGACCUAUACUGCCUCCUCUUCAACGCACAGGGCCAGUUGAUCGAGCACGUAUCGCACAGCCCAGCAUCCAACGACGGCGCGAUCACGCAGGAACCGCGGCAUCAGCACGGCCACGAUCAAAAGUUCGUCGUCGCGCUGCACCGCGUCAACUACGGCAUCGAUGUCAUCGGCUUUAUCCUGUCCCACAGCGAAGACACGAUCUCGGACCAGUCCCGUCCGCUUGACGAGUGCGCGGUUCAGUGCACCCUCCACAGCUCCAACGUGGAUGCUAUCUUGUCGCACGGCCAAGGCGACGUCCUGUGCGAGCAUGCACACUCGCCGCACGACGCGGCCUCCGGUGGGCUUUUUCGGAACGCCAUCAUGGUGUGCAAACUCUACCGCGACACCCGCCAGCGCAGCCAGUGGAUCUUCCACCCGAUCUGCGAAGGCAUGACGUGCGCCAGCCACUGCAUCGUCGGGCUCACGCGCUGCGCGCAGCUCCACUUGGUCGACAUCAUCCCGGACAUUGACAUUCCAAAUGUCACGUCGCUCCGGUCGAUCCAGGGCAUCUGCUCGGCACUAACGAGCGGCGAGUUUCUCGCGUUUGAAAACCAGUUUCCCGCUGGCGGGUACAACAAACACGCGUUUGCCCGGUGUUUAGGCGAAGGCAUGGUGCGGGCGCGGCCGGAGCUCCGGUCCGAGAAGCACGUGGCCGCGCUGCUCGCGCUGCUGUACGAAAUGUUUGACCAGAUCGACAUCAAUGGCGACGGACACGUCGACUGGGAAGAGUUUACUUCGUUCUGCAUUGCGCUUGGCAUGAUUUCGACCAAGCAGUCGCAGGUCGUGCAGGGAAAAGGCGUCGAGUACUCGUACAAGCAGCAUCCGUGCCAUGGCAAGACGUUUCCGUAUCACAUCACACGGAUCAAGAGCUUUGACGCGAUUCGAAAAGUCGCCGUGCUCGAGCACAUGUCGCCCAACAUUUCGAUGUUCGACUCAGACGGCCACUUUCUUCACGAUAUGACGUCGAUCGCCAAGACGAGCGUGAUGAAGGACGGCGGCGUGUACGUGAUCGAUGUCGAUCACGUCCCGGCCAAGAAUUGCUUGGUCGUGUCGAGCUCGGACCGCACGAUCACGGUGUGGGGCAUCGUGAAUGCCGUCAAGGGCCAGUACAUCCAGAGCGGCAAGAUCGUCGUCCAUGACAUGAUGAUGGUUGUCAAGUGGUGCCCGAUGCUCAAGCUGUGCAUGACGUCGAGCACGAAGUCGACGGCGCUGUGGAACGUCGACACGUGUAAGGUCGAAGCGCGCCUGGCGCACCAUGCGGACCUGGUCACGGACAUUGUCGAGAUCCCAGCCGCGCGACUCUUUGCAACGUGCUCUUUUGACCACAACGUGGCUGUGUGGGAAGCGGAUCGGAUGAAGGUCCUGUUUGAAUUGACGGGGCAUACACAGGCUGUCAUGCACGUCGAUGCCAACGGCAACGUCCUCGUGACGUGCGGGUUCGAACACCACGCACGGGUGUGGAGCAUUGCGACUCGCAAACACUUGGUGAUGCUGACCGGCCACCACUGCGCGCUCCUCGACGUCAAGUUGAUUCGGCAUCACGCGGCCAAACUCGACUGCGUUACGGGCGACAUGUCGGGCCAUUUCAAGAUCUGGGACAUCUCGAGAUGCAUCGUGGACGCGUCGCGGGAUGCUGCGGUCGUCUUGCACACGUACACCGUCCACGUGGUGGGGUCCAUGGCUCCUGUCUUUCACUCGUUUGCGGUCGUUCCCGAUCGAAAACGACCCACGGAACUUGUCGAGGUGUGGGCAGGCAACUUUCAAGUGGUGCGGCUUGUGCCCGAGAUGGUCGCAUCGGUCCACAGCCCACUGCAGUACGUCUUGUACAACCAGGUGUCGCACACGUUUACCGCAUCGAUUGCCGGCCGCAUCACGGUGUGGAGCGGCAAAAGCGGCACCAUCAUCCACGAACCGAUCGCGAUCACGGCGGCCGACGUGUGCGGCCUCUGCUUUGACCUACCUCGCCAACGCAAGCUGUUUGUCGCGACCAGUGACGGCUGCGUGAGCAUGUAUAACCCCAUCACGGGGGCUCUCAUGGACUCGGCUCAACUCCACGACGGCGAGAUCUUGACGCUUCUCUACUGCGAGCGAACAAAUUGCCUCAUCACGAACGGCGCGGACGACUCGCUGUCGAUUUGCAGCGACGUCCAAGGACAAGGCCAGCUGGAUCCGAUGCGAACGAUCGACAACGUUCAUCGCGUGCCCAUGUCGUCGUGCGCGUACUCGAGCGAGCACGGGCUGAUUGCGACGGGCGAUACGAACGGGCACAUCCGCGUCCACGAUUUUCAAAGGCUGUCGCUGAUAUUUCGGUGCGAAGGGCACAAGGGGGAAGUGACGUGCCUGUCGUUCCAUCGGCAGUGCUGCGUGCUGUUCGCGGGCGACGCGGCCGGAGAUAUCCUCGUGUGGCAGGUCCUGAACGUGACGUCUGUGUCCAAGUGCCUCAUGCGCCUCUCGUACACGUCGGCGGCGCCGACGUCCCUCCCCACGUUUGUGACGGACCACGCGUUGCCUCCGGCCGUCUCGCCCUGCGGCAUCAGCUCGAUCUGUGUUACGGAAGAUUCGGCGCACUCGUUCGCGUCGAUCGUGGCCGCGGACGAUGUCGGCCAUGUCCACUGCUGGUCGCUCCGGUCGAUCCGCCAGCACACGCGCGGCGUGAUGAAAAUCCAUUUUGACCCGUUGCCAGAAACGAUGAUCGCGUACGCUCGCGGCGGGUACAACCCGAACCUGCGCAUCAGCCGCCGCCAGAGUGUGAUGGCGCCAUCCGCCGCCGAGCACAGUCGGGAGCCGCGGCAAAAAUACCACCGCGGUCGCACGUCGAGUCCGCGCGUGAGCGACGCCAUGUCGUGGAAAGCGCACGAUUCCAAGAUCUUGCAGGUCCAUCCGCUGCAGUUUCCUGGCUUCUUCUACUCGUACGACGACGGCGGCGUGCGGCUGUGGGACACCGAGGGCGGGUGCCUCGGCACCCUGCAGCGGCGAUUUGAAGAAGCCGAGUCGCAGCCGAUGCAGUGGCAGUACCGAUCGUCCGUUCUCUUGGUCGACAACUCGACCACGAUCAAGCAGCACGCGGUGGACAUCCUCAAGGCCGUCGCCGACGACGGCGACCCGGCGGACAGUUUGAAUGCAGACGACGCCGCGGCGCUGGAAACGCAAGACGUCACAGGGUACUUGAACGAGCAUGCGUCGCGCACGCCGCGAACGAUGCGGCGGCACCAAAGCCUGGCCAACGCAAUGGAGAAGGUCAAGGCGGUCAAGAUCGAGGACCCCGGGCUCGGCGCCGUGCUGGACGGACUCCGCAUCAAAGCCGAGCACGACCGCGCGUUUUCGAGGCUGUCGGUCAAGGCAGGCAUCCAGGACAACAUGUUCACCCAGGACGAAGCAUACAUGUUGGAGAGCGUCGGGCGAGAUGCGCUGCAGCGGCGCAACUACGAGACAAUUUUGUUUCCGCCGCUCUUGCUCACGACCGCGCAGAUCAAGAAAGCGUACGCGAAAGCGUUUUCGUCGCCGCCGUGCAAGGACGACGCGCCGAGCGGCGUCGACGACUUGCCGAUGCUGCGAACGUGCGACAACUUUGCUGUCGAAGUGGCGGCGCGGCGAUUGAAGCAGUCGACGGGCCCGCAGGCGUCGCGGCAUCAGCUGUCGAUCGAGCCGUCGGCGUUUUUGAAGCUGCAUUUGAAGACUGACACGCCGACGAAGAAGAAACCCAAGCGCCGGGCGGAAUCCAAGAAGCCGCCGCAUGCAGCGCAACACGCGAUCGCGAUGGAAACGUUUGUGGCAAAGACUCCGGACAAGGCCGUCGGGGUGCUGCCACGGCUGUCGUCCAGGUCGUUCGGGAUGCAAAAGAGCGCGUCCAUGCCGGCGCUGCAUGUUCAGGCGGAGGCGAGUCGCCAGGACGCUGACGACGACGACGAUGGCAGCUGGAGAGAUCAUGUGCCCGCGGACACGAACGGCUGUGAUGGCGGCGGCAUGCAGACGUCCCGCCAGGAUGCUCAUGUCGAAAUCCGCCCAGAAGUCAAGCAGAAUAUCCUGCGCAAGAUGACGUUGUGCGAGAGCAUGCGGCAUGAAUCGCGCGUGAAAAAGCCAGCCGUGAGCCGCAUGAAGAUGGAGGCGAAGAGGCGGCCGCCCAUCGAUCCAGUCGAGUGGGCCAAGGCCGGGAAAAACCCAUUCGGGCCACACUACUCGGUCCGCGAGGUGCUCGAGUUCGGAGAAACCUUGCUCCGCUUCGACAAGGACCUAUCUGGCGACAUCGACACGGAUGAAUGGAUGAAGAUCAUGACGGCGUUCAUGCCGAAAGCGCACGACGCGGACGUAGCUGUGGCGAAGGAGCUGUUUGCCACGGUGGACGCCAACGAAGACGGACUCAUCUCACUCAACGAGCUGCUGCACAUCGUGUUUCUGCAAGCGACGAGGGAGCAACUCUUGCUCAUGGAAGAGCUCAUUCGACGAACGUCUCGCGGCAACGAGCCCGACGACUCUCCAACAGGUCCACCACCUGCUCUUGUGGAUCCACCCUCCGACGAAGACGUUGAACCGGAGUAACAUCAAUGUGGGAUCGACGUGUCGACAAAUGGGGCUGUGAUGGAUUGGAAAGAGCUGAGUUCAACGCACACAGAGACACUUGCAGACGAACUCUUCGAUUGCGCGUGAGUGCUGCACCAUGCGCAGGAGCAUUGCCGGCAUCGACCGACGGCGUCGUCGACGCGGGCCGCUGGCGGUGGUAGCCGCAGUUGACGUGUCGUUAAUUUUAUGUCGAUAUUUUAUAUCGACGUCUCUUCCAUACAAAGAAGAAGAUUCCAAAUUACAGCAACAUCGAAAUAUUUUAA